AUGUCUUCUCCUGUUGCUGUCAUGCCAGCUGAAAUUAAAGUUCCUCAUGACUUUACCGGUGAGCGUAAGGAUAUUAUCAAGUUGCAUAGUUUUUUGCAAUCCCUCGAAGUGCAGUUUGUCGUAAAACGUGUUACGAACGAUUAUGAACGUAUCUGUCAUUUGGCUGCUAAUUUAUAUGGUCCGGCCUUAGACUGGUUCAUGACCUUCUCUGGCAAUCACGAUGUGUCCGAAAUGGCCUUUGACGCCUUCAAAGAGGCUUUUAAACAAGCCUUCCAAGGUAAGUUUGACUCCUAUGAUGUUAUUCAGAAGCUUUCCUCGUUAACGCAAAAAGACAAGAUCGAAGCCUACGUUUCAACCUUUAACCGUUACCGCAAACUCCUACCACCACGUUCCUUGAGUAAUGAUGUUUUAAUCAAUCUUUUCAUUAAAGGGUUGAAACCAAACACUCGCAAAGACUUACGUUUAAGAACCGUAUCCUCGUUUUACGAAGCAACCCAGUUGGCUAUUCGUGCAGAACACUGCUGUUACUACCCUGGUAUCUCUCCAUUAUUAGAUGAUAAUUCCACCCCUACGGUCGAUGCCGAUGGUGAUGUCAUUAUGGCUAUUUCCUCUACUCCUCGCCGUGUUUCGUCUCGUUCCCGAUACAACACCACAUCUUAUCAUCCUCGUAACUCGGAUGAUUCCUGGCGUGAAAAGUGUCGUCAAUUGUGCUCUCAGAACCACCUCUGUUUCCACUGUUUCUCUAGCGGUCAUGUAGCUGCUAAAUGCCCAAAAAAUUCCACUCGUUCCGCGAGGCCUAGAUCACACCGUUCACACCGUGACUAA